GCCGUGACGCUGAUGGAUGCCACCACUGAUAAGGAUCCAUUAGUCCAAGAACAGAUCUACAAUGCUCUGUGCUACUUGGGAGAGAGCGAGCCUGAAGAGAUCCUAAACUCUUGUGAUGAAUAUCUGCGGCAGCAUGACAAGCUGGCUUACCCCCACCGGAUAAUAAUCCUGAAGGCGAUGGAAGCGGUGCUGAAGAAUAACAUUGAUUAUCUGGACAAAAGCACGGCCAAGAUCGUUAUCUUUCUGGCAUCCAAUGAAAUGACCAAGUCAAAGGAAAUCAUUUAUGACUGGCAGCAGGCAGCAAGCAAUGUCCUGGUUGCUGCUGGAGGGCGUUUUAUCAACAAAGUGAUGGAGGAGGUGCUGACCAAAUUUCAGCCGGGGAUCCUGCCUCAUUAUUUCAUCAUGCAGACUUUUGCAAACCUCUCUGUGUCAAACGUGUUUGGGAUGGUGCCUUUCUUAAAUUCCAUCCUUGGGACCAUGCUGCCAAUGCUGGGAAUGGCCAAACAGGACCACAUGAAGUCUGUGUUUUGCUAUGCUCUGCAGCAUUUCAGUGAGAGCAUCCAGGAAUACCUGGCGAACUUGGAUAAAGCGCCUGACCCCACUGUAAGGAAAGACACCUUCUCCAAUGAGAUCUUCAACGCCUACGAUGUGCUCUUCAACAUCUGGCUGCAGAGCCGGGAGGCCAAGCUGAGACUCGCCGUCGUGAAGGCUCUUGGGCCCAUGAGUCACCUGAUGCCCAGCGAAAAGCUCGAGGAGCAGCUCCCGAGACUGGUGCCGGGAAUUCUCGCUCUCUACAAGAAGCAUGUGGAGGCCUUUUAUGUGACCAAGAGCUUGUGCCAGAUUCUUGAGGCUUCCGUCAACUUUGGCAGCCGCACUCUGGACACGCAGCUUGAUGCCCUUCUGAGCACCCUGCAUCCCCAGAUUUGUGCCCCGGUGGAGUCCUCCGUCCCCCUGAGUUUAAAAAACCACAACGAGGUCCUUCGAUGCUUCACUGUCCUUGCCUGUACGUUUCCUGAUCGCUUGCUUGGCUUCCUACUUCCAAAGCUGGAGAACCACCACGAGAGGAUACGGGUGGGGACACUGAUCAUCAUGAGGCAAAUUAUCAACUGCGCCCCCUCUCAGAUGGAGAUUAAAAAGCCCUUUAUUCUUUCUUCUAUGAAACUUCCUCUGCAGGACAGCAGUAAUAAGGUGAAACGGGCCGUGGUGCAGGUGAUCAGCGCGAUGGCUCACCAUGGCUAUCUGGAACAGGCGGGCGGGGAAGUCAUGAUCGAGUACAUCGUCCACCAGUGUGCCCUUCCUCCUGACACGCACCCCAGGAAGCAGACACCGGAAGCUGAUGACCUAACUAGCGACAGUGUCCAGAGCAUCAGCGUCAAUACGCUCUUUCUCAUCAGCACCACUGUCGACAGGAUGGACGAGGUUCUCUGGCCAUAUCUCUUGGAGUUCGUGACCCCCAUAGAGUUUACCGGUGCCCUGACUCCCCUCUGCAGGAGCCUAAUGCACCUGGCUACGAAGAGACAAGAGGAGGGAGAGACUACCUUCCUCAUCCACUACGACACACAUGCAAACCUGCCAUCACCGUGUGCUCUAAUGGCGAGGCUGCUGACUGUGUCUUCACAGCCCUAUUUAGGGGAUGGUCGGGGGGCAGCUGCUCUGCGUCUGCUGAAUGUAUUGCACCUUAAUAUCCAUCCCAUGCUGGGCAAGCUGUGGAAUAAGAAGAUUCCCCCCUUAGUGGAGCACUUGGAAGCAAACACAGAGAAAUCCCUGUCCCUGAAGGAGUGGGAAGACAAGCUGCUUCUGCUCCUCCGGGAGACGCUGACGGCGAUUUCUGACAACGCCUGGAUUUGUCCGUUCAGCACGGAAAUGUGCAAGCAGCUGAACAGCUACAACGGCUUUCCCUCCGAGAAGAACUUCCUGUAUAAGUGCAUUGGAACGGCGCUUGGGGUCUGUUCAAACAAGGAGGUGGUGCAAAAUCAGCUUCAAGAGCUGCUUGAAACAGCCAGGUACCAGGAGGAAGCAGAAAGGGAGGGACUUGCCUCCGGCUUUGGGAUCUGUGCAAUAAACCACCUGGACGAAACCCUGGCCAAGCUAGAAGACUUCGUCAAAUCCGACGUCUUCAAAAAAUCAGUGGGACUGUUCAGUAUCUUCAAGGACCGCAGUGAUAACGAAGCAGAGAAGAUAAAGAGCACCCUGAUCCUAUGCUAUGGCUACGUAGCGAGGUAUGCCCCCAAAGAGCUCGUGCUGUCCAGAAUCGAAGCCGACAUUCUCAGGAACGUCUUCCACUACUUUAACACCAGGGUUCUGGGAAUAAAGGUAGAAACCAAGGAUUUGAUGCUGAAGCUGUGCCUCAUUCGGAGCAUUUGCAUGAUCAGCCAGGCCAUUUCUAACAGCGCGCAGUCAGACGCCUUCGUCUUCUCCCGCAAAGCCGAGCUCCUAGCUCAGAUGAUGGAGUUUAUCAAAACAGAACCUCUGGAUUUGCUGAGAACUCCUAUUCGCCAGAGAGCCAUGAUCUCCUGCACAUACCUGGUCCUACUGGAGCCUCCACUGAGCGAGCCUGAUCACGUCGAACUGAUUGAUACCUGCCUGGGCAGCGUACUGGCCCUUCCUCCGCUGGACGUCCUGAAGGAAAGAGAUGGGCACGUGCCAGACGCCUUGCAGAAGGAGACACUCUACCACGACACCGUCAGUGCCCUUAAGGACCUGCUGAAGAGCAUGCUGCAGAAGGACCUGACUCCCCGUGGACUGCAGAGCAUGUUUGAGCAUCUAGGCCCAUGGAUCAGGUCGAGCAAAGAGCACGAACGUGAGCGAGCACUGGAGGUCAGUGCCACACUGCUGGAGUUCUACCGGGACAAACUGAAUGUCAGUACUGUGGUGCCCUUUUAUAACCUCGGGGUGCUGGUUGCCCUGUUCUCCCCCCGGUGUUCAGACUCCCUUGCCAGCAUUCGCCUGCGUGCUGUGGACUGCGCCUACUAUCUACUCUACAUACAGCUGUGUUAUGAAGGAUUCGCCCAGGAUUACAGAGAUGAGAUGGUUGAGAGGCUGAAAGACCUGAAGAAAGGCCUGGAAGAUCCUGACUUCACCAUUCUCUUCAAUACCUGCUACAACAUUGCCAUGGUGAUUGGGAAGCGCCUCCCACCGGACCAGCUGAUGAGCCUUCUGCUCAUGAUGUUUGAAGGGCUGGCAGAUCCCGAUCAGAACUGCUCUCGAGCCGCUGCUGUCAUGAUCAACGCCAUCCUGAAGGAGCGUGGAGGGGUGUUACUGGAAAAGGUGCCCGUGCUCAUGGCUCUGGUUCACAGCAAGCUGCAAGAGGUGGAUGAGGAGCACUUAAGGAAGGCCGCUCAGCAGACGGUUUACAUCCUGGCCUCCCAGCAUAAGACGGCGGUGGUGUCCAGCCUGCUGGGCAGCUCCCUGCCCUUUGACAGUCACACCUGUGCCAUGUGGAAGGCGCUGGCCACGGAGCCAACCCUCACGUCGCAGAUCUUGGAGCUGCUCCUGGACAAGGUGAAUCGGGAUGUGCCGUACAAAGAGAACAAAUCCUUCCUGUUGGGGAGCACCUCUGAGCGCAUUGCCACUCCCCUCCCUCUUGCUGCCACAUGUGCUCUGCAUGAGAUCAUGUCUGCUCCGGAGUCUGGGGCAGCGGUGCUGGGGCUCUACCCGCACUUGUUUGUGGCUCUCCUGUUGCGAGUCAGCUGCACUGUGGGUGUCCAGCUACCAAAGAACCUGCAGUCCAAGGAGAGGAAGAGCGCCAGCCGGAGCCAAGGGCCCAGAAACCUGGACCCCUGCAGCUGUGCGGUGGAAGCCCUGAGCGCCAUGCUGACCCAAGGGGGCAGUGACGAGGUGGUGAAGUCCGUGGGGAGUGCGGGAGGCUGGGAGCUGAUGAAAAGCCCUGAGAGGCACCACGAUGGCAUUGCGCUGCUUGCAAGUGCGAUGGCUAAACACGCCGGCCCAAAGCUCCCUUUGAUUGCGAAGAAUCUCUUCCCGAUGCUCAACAGCGUGUAUGACAGCCAGAGGAUCACCACCACGGCCUUCUUCGCUGAGCUUCUGAACAGCAGCGUGGUGAGUGACCUGAUCCUGCUGGAGUCCAUGAUGGAUAACAUGACGGGCCGGCAGAAGGACUCCUGUACGUUGGUGCGCAUGCUGGCUCUCCGGGGGCUGGGCAACAUCUCCUCCGGGUCGCCGGACAAGGUGAGGAAACACGGGGCCCAGCUCCUGGCCUCCAUGGUCAAUGGCAUGGACGACAAGGAUGAUCCCGACAACCUGGUGGCUCUGGAGGCCAUGUCUAGCCUGUCCAAACUCCUGGACCACGUGGAGGAGAGGGACAUCCGCUCCAUGCUUCUCCAUAUUGCUAUCCGCAUCCGCCCCUUCUUUGACAACGAAAACCACGAACUGCGCGCGUCUUCCAUCGUUCUGUUCGGGAACCUGACCAAGUUCAGCGCUGGGAAUUGUGAAGACGUCUUUUUUGAGCAGAUCCUGAAUGGGCUGGUGACGCUGCUGCUUCACCUCCAGGAUCCAAAGCCAGAGGUCAUCAAAGCCUGUAAAUUUGCUCUGCGCAUGUGUGGCCCCAACAUGGGCUGUGAGGGACUCUGUGACAUGUUCCUGAACCACCUGCAUGAAGACCGCAGCCUGCAUUACGGAGAGUUCAUGAACGACGUCUGUAAGCACCUGAUGCAGAACUACCCAGAGAUGCUGAAUCGUUUGAUUUCAACCAACCUCUUCUACUUCAAGAGCAACUGGGUUGACAUUCGAGCAGCAGCGCCCAUGUUUAUCGGCUUCCUCGUUCUGCACGUGGACGAAGAGCACAGUAAGCACGUGGACCUGGACCAACUCCUUUCCUCUCUCAACGUGCUGCUGAAGGACCCGGCUCCCGUCGUCCGCAUGAAGGUGGCUGAGACUCUGGGCCGCCUGGUCCGGGUUGUGUGAGCGGCAGAUGGGACCUGCGGGCGCCUCGGUUCCGUGACCGCGAUCAGGUCGAUGAAUGUUCCUCCCCCCGGAGAUGCCACGUCUUCCAGUGCCCGGAACCGGUGCCUUGUGCAGCGCCACGCCUGCUGCGCCUCACUUUCCUGCCUGGAGCAGGAGCCUCGUGCGGCUUCUCCCCUAUGCAGCCUGGAGG